UUCCUUCCUGCGUAGAAAAUCAUUUGUGGUCUCUACGCCAAAGCGAACAGUCGGUUAAAAUAUGAAAACUAUGCGUAAAAACUUGCCUAAAUGUCUGUCCUAACCACCGAAACGCCGACGACGACACUUCAGGACAGAUAAAACAGUGAAUGAGUGACUAUUUUCAUGCCAUAAAAUCACAAUUAUCCUGCCUAGUGAUCAUAUAAUUAGGUUCAAUGGCGCUCGUAUGUGAUAUCGAAAGGCAUUGCGAAGCGCUAAGGACCGCUGUUUUGAGAAAUUUGCAAAAGUUAACAGACCAGAGCUCCACCCCCGCAGCCUCUGAAGAGCCGGCAGCUGCAGAACUCGCUCCAGAAAACGACUUGGAAGACGGAGAAAUCGAAGACGACGGCGAAGAUGAAGUCCCGCCUCCGGAAGCCGAAAAACCCAAAGAAAUCGAGCAGACGCAACCUCCAAAGGAGAAAAUCGAACGCGGAAUCGAGAGGAAUAGGCACGAAAGAUCGGAAAGGAGAAGGCACGAAGACAAGAAAAAACACAUGACUGAAGCGGAGAAGAGUAUCCUGCAUUUGAGGAAGAGGGAGAGGAUGCAGAGGGAGAAGUGGGAGAAGUAUGAGAAGUUCAGGAAAGAGCAGAAUAUGGACGCACCAGCAGUCGAUGAUUUCGCCAUUAACAUCGAAAAGGCCAUCGCUAGCGUCCUUAAAAAAGAUAAGCACGCGAGCGAUGAGGAGAAGGAUGAAGAGAAGAGAGGUAGAAAGAGGAAAAGUCGCGAUAAAGACAGACAGAAGGGUAGCAAACAGCGGAAAUUGGAUUCACCCAAGUCGGAAGAUGUGGAUGAGAACGAAUUUUUGAAUGUUAGAGGCGGGAGCCCAAAGUCCGACGAUAACAAGAAGGACAAGUCGGUGUCUCCUACACGAUCCGAUGAUUCGUACGAUUCGGAAUAUUCUUCCGACAGGAGCAAAGGGGAUGAUCGAAGGAAGAGAGAUUAUAAGAAGGGUAAAAGAAGUCGAGAACGGAAUCGAAAAAGAAGUCGGGAGAGGCGGCCUGAUCAACCGCAGUUCAAGGAUCAACAGGGUGUUUGCGUGUUCUUCUUACAAGGCAAAUGCCAGAAGAACGACUGCCCGUACUCGCACGAAGCCAUGCCCCCCAUGAAACUAGAGCUGUGUAAAUUUUACCUGAAAGAUUGUUGCGCCAAAGGCGAAAAGUGCUCGUACAUGCACUCUGAAUUCCCUUGUAAAUUUUACCACACGGGCCUGGUGUGCCUCCAAGCCGAAAACUGCAAAUUUGCGCAUGGAGGACCUUUGGACGAACACCGCAAGCAGAUCCUCUUCAAGCACAUCGAAACUGCGCCUCGCGAAAUCCUAGGAGGAUUCCCCAGGAUGAGCCGCGAAGAAGCGCUCAACAAAAUCAACAUAGCGCAACAGAGCCUGAUGGGUCAGUACGGAUGCGAAAAGGACGACAAAGGCGUAGCGAACGUGUUCGACAUCAACGUUCCUGCACCUUUGGAGGCGAACGUUGACGCCUUCGCUAAGCCGAAAUCCGACAAGCCCUCCCGCAACCGUCCGUCGCGGUGGCAGGACCCCGAACCCAUGGACACGUCCCAGCCGCCUCCGUCGAAUUUCCCCAUCAAGCCUUUCUACACCCCUCAGGACCAAGACAUGAGGAUCAACAGCAACGGCGACAUCGACAUGCGGACGCUGCCUCCUCUGACUCAGAUCGCCCCCCAGACGCCCAUGAUGGGCGCGGCGGGCGAAGAGCCCAACGUUGACGCUGACACGAACAAUUUCACCCAAGACAUAGAUAUCCGUAAUCCGAACAUGUUGCAAUUCGAUACGAAGGACGUGGAUAUUCGGCAACAGAUUCUGGCUAGUAAGGACGUGGAUAUUCGGCAGAUUCCGCCCGUCUUCGACGAGGACGAAAACAGAUUGCAGAUUGACACUGGGGAGAGCGGGGAAGGGCUGCCGGCCGAUUUGCCUAAGACGCAGAGGGAGCUCUAUAUGCGGAUACAGUCGCAGCAGAAGACGAAUUUGCCCGAACAGGCACAGGAGAGUGUGGAGGUGGAUGAGAACAUCAACUGGUACUCGGAUGAUGACGACGAAGACGAGAAUCGUCUGACGAUCAAAGUUGACAACGAAGAAGAGAAGAAGGAAGGGAGCGAGUGCACGAUCAUGAGUCCGACACAGAUCAAGCCUCAAGAGGUCGUAGAGAAACUGGGAGAUCUGUCGAAAAUUGAUAUUUCGGCAGAAGUUACGAAGUUGUUGACUUCGAUGAGUCAACAGAAAGAAGCGCCGAAGCCAGCGAUUCGAGAUCCGAGACAACUGAGGUCGCAGCAGGCGUCGCAGCAGCAACCAUCGACUGAGCAAAAGAUUAGUAUUUAUGAACAAGGCAGUAUUACGUGUACGGAAACGGAGCCUCGGAGCCCCGACGAGGUGGUGGACACCGACAUCCGGGGAAGACCCGAUGUGGAUUUGAGGAAUUUACAUUUACCGUUUAAGGGGAUGUUGAAUUAUACGCCGGCGAAGGAAAUCGACGCGAGCGUCAACUCGCAUCCUCCGAUGACGUGGAAAGUGGAAAUCGUCGACAUCCCUCGGCCCGACUACACCGGCCUCAAACUCAACGUCCAAGACGCGGAGAAAACGGGCGAUCCGCGGCUGAGGAAGAUUUUCCGUUUGAGCACCGAAGAGAAAGACAGCCCCGCGAGCCCCAAAGCCUCCCCGAAAGCUUCCACACGCAUCGAUCCCCGGCUCAAGAAAAUCGAAGACAGCAAGCAGCCGGACACCAACAACCUGAGCUAUAACCAGCAGCUGAACAUCCUCCAGAGUUCCGCCUUCUUCCAGAGCCUCACUAGCAAUCAGAAGCUGCUGCUCAACCAGGAGCUGGCGACAAAGAGCGAACAGAACGGCUUCAACGACCCUGUGCUGAACAGCAUGUUGUCGACUCUGAAUCUGAUUCCGCAGAACAUGACCGCGAAUCCGAACAUGGGGGCCGCUUUGAACAUUCUGGCGAACGUGAACAAGCUGAACCAGCCGAUUAUGGCUAACAACCCUCCGGGGCCGAUGGUUAUACGGCAGAAUCCGGGGAUGAUGAACCAGAUGGUGCAGCCGGGGCUGUUGGGGGCGGCGCCGGGGAUCCCCAACAUUCCGGGGGAUUUCCCGAUGAAUUUCGACCCGAGGAACGGGGGCGGGAUGAUGAACAACAUGAACAACGGACCACAGUUCGGGAAUUUUCCUGAUAACAACAAUUUCGGGGGUGGGUUCGAUGACUAUUAUCCGGGGCAGGAUAAUUUCGGGCACAGGGACAACAGGAACUUCAAUCGGGAUAGGAGGAGAGGGAGGAACAACUUCAACAGGAAUAAUGGCAAUAGAAACUUUAGAAACAGGAACAAUAGGAAUAAUAGAGGUCACACGCCGCCGUAAGACGGGCCAACCGAGGACACGCUCAAAAUUUUUUUCUUUUGUAAAUAGUAUACAUAGUUGUCUUUUUCUUCGGCAGAUUUUUCAAGACUGAAAGGAUUUUCAUGUAAAUAUUGUUUACUCGAUCAAUUUGUAAUUUAUUAAGGUGAUAAUUUUUUUCGGUUUGUAUAGGAGGUUCUGGAAAGGAUGUGUCACUGUUUCAGAAGUUUUGUAAAUAUACGAAUAAAUUGUCAUUCCUUGGACCUCAGAAUUUUAUGGUCAAGACGCUUUAUUUAUUUUUGUUUAUAUUUAAUUCUAUUUUUUGUUUGAGAUUUUUUUAUUCUUCACAGCUACAUUAUUUAUGGUAUUGUCAGUUAUCGUAAAACAUGUAUAUAAUCGCUUUAUUAUUUUUUAUAAAUAAAAUCUAAAUAGUU